GCACCUCUUUCUGGUCAACUAAAGAAAGGUCAGUGUUAUUUUGGAACGGUUUGGCUACUGAUCGUUUGGAAGUCACUUUUCUUUUCCAUAGGUCCAGUUUCGGUAUCGUAUUUGAUGGUGGUGAGCGGGCCAGAGAGGCCAGAGCAAAGCACAGCAGACCAGAAGAGACCAGAGCAGACAGCGCAGGCCGGAGCAAGGCAGGGCAGACCAGAGCAGACCAGAGCCGAGAAGACAAAAGCCAAGAAGAUGAAGACGAGAGCGAACCAGAGCGGACCAGAAAGGCCAAUAAAAUCAUGGGGGUUUGGUUGCUGAUCAAUGGAAGCCUUUUUGGCUUUUUUCAAUAGGUCAAUUUGGGUACGGUUACAGUGUAAUUGAGCAGAUCCGACCGGGCCGGACCAGAACAGAACAGAAAGGUCAGUAAAUCAUGGAAUGGUUUGGUUACUGAUCAAAUGGAGGGUGUUUCUUGUCUCUUUUUCAGUAGGUCAAUUUAUGUAUCGCUAUUGACGUUGAGAGCAGAGCAGAUCCAAUCCAAUCCAAUCCUUCUCCUCCUCCUCCUUUGGUG